AACUUAAAAUUUUAUGCGCGUAAAUGUGAUUUUUGAUUGGAUUUGUACGUGAACAUCCAAAAAAUAUAUAGAAGUUAAUGUUAUUAUAGAAGGAGAAGAUAUGAAUAUAUUUGAAACUGUAAACAAAUUUGACCAAUUCAAAAUAAGUGUAAUUGUCACUUAAAAAUUAGCCCACUCCUAGUCCUAGAAUUUCAGAAAUUUCUGGUUGUAAAUUGUAGUGGGAAAUAUCCAAUAAAUUUUCAUGGUAAACUACAUCAUUCUAGUUGUUGUAUGUAAAAACAUGUGAUUCUUUUUUACUCCCUAAAUAAAUAGAACGUAGAAUAAGCUUCACGGAAUUGGUACGACGGUUUAUGAACCAUCCCGUAGCUGUAGUUAUCAGUUGCAACUAUAUUAAAAUAAAGCGACAAGAGACGAGUUAAAAGACCAGUUACUUCAUGUCCAAAAAACUAAGCUUAACUAUAAUAACUACAAUAACCAGUGAGAAAGGAACUGAAGGGUAAUAUUCGGUUUUUAUUAGGUGGCUCUGUCAUUAUCAAUUACGGAGAAACUACCAAAUAGAAAACUGUAAGAAUAUUCAUAUUUUUUUUCUUUUCUUUUGAUGAUCACUCCAAGACUCCAAGUUAAAAUCUCCAAACGAAGCAAUACAAAUCUUACCUUUACGAUCCCAAAGUCGGAUAUAUGCGUUUAACGUCAUGAUGAUUAGUAGAUGUUUUGUGGUGACCAAGAAUAUAAUAUACAAACAACUAAUGAUGGGCCUAGAAGAAAUUAAUGUUUGUAACAUCGAAUCCUCGUCAGACAUUUGGAAGAGGAAACACAAAAAAUAAAUAGUGGUGUCAAAAGUCAGUUCUCUCCUUGGCGUUUUCCUUUGCGUCCUAAUAAUAUGAAAGGUAAAAGCGUCAUAUUAAUUGGGUCCACGUAUUGAUGCGAAAAGACUCAUUCUAAAAACUCAAGCCCGAAAGACUUUUACCGGGUCGGAUCAUUGAUUACAAAGGAUCACUAAGUCAACAGAAAUGACUUGACCAAAUCGACCUUAUCAUAGAUAGACACACACGACAUAAACUCUCUUUAUAUAAUCUCAAGAAGAUUCUUAUAUGUGAGUCCAAAGAGCAAAAAGGAGGAAAUAGAAAAAUCAAAGCCAUGGAGAAGAUGAUAGAAUCACGGGACAACACAAGAGAAUCAGAAGAUGAGGAAGUGUUAAAGCUUCCAGGGUUUAGGUUUCAUCCAACGGACGAGGAGCUUGUAGGGUAUUAUCUCUCUAAGAAAGUACUUCUAAAAAAACCAAGCAAGAUCGAUGAGAUUGUUAGCCAAAUCGAUAUCUAUAAAUUCGAUCCGUGGGAUCUUCCAAGGUCGAGGAAUACGGAGAAGGAAAGCUACUUCUUCUGCAAGAGAGGAAGGAAAUAUAGAAACAGCAUAAGACCGAACCGAGUGACUGGUUCCGGUUUCUGGAAAGCCACAGGGAUAGACAAGCCUAUCUAUUCCGAUGGAUCCAAUAAAGCCGUGAUCGGUCUAAAGAAGACACUCGUUUAUUACCUUGGAAGCGCCGGGAAAGGAAGCAAGACGGAUUGGAUGAUGCACGAGUUUCGUCUCCCCACAGCCAAUGACACUAUCCCCGGUGGCCCUACACACUCUAACCCUACUCCAACUUCCUUGCUACACGCAGAAGUAUGGACGUUAUGUCGGAUAUUCAAGAGAAAUGUGUCUAGUAGAAAAUACACUCCAGACUGGAGAGAAUUAGCAAAUGGCAAACGCGUGAAGCAGCAACAAUCUAAUUACCAAGAAGCUUAUUAUAUAAAUUUUGGGGACUAUGAAAGUAGUAGUACCAAUGUGAUCAACGUAAGGGAAGGCGAAGGGAAUUACGAGAGAAGCGUUUUCCAGCUUCAACAAACGCCUCAUCAACAUCAAAACAAGCCAAUUCUCAUGGACACCACACACGUUGAUAAUUCGUUUCAACAUUUCUCCAACGAUAACAUUCACGAAGAAACCUACGAGAAUUGGGACGAGCUUCGAUCGGUUGUGGAAUUUGCUUUCCCACCUUCUUCUCUUAGUUAGAUCUUUAAACUAGUUAACUUACUAGUAAAAUAUUACUUGGACGUUUUGUAUUAUCAGCUUUCUAUUCAUGUAGACAUGUAUGAAUGCACUUUAUAUAUAUGUAUUAUCGUAUUU